AUGCCAUCGGAAACAACACCACUGAGACUUCGCUCGACGUCGCUGCAGUUUCAUCUGCGCAUCUGGAGACGUGAAGAAGCUCAUAGCAGAGACGUUAAACGCGGUGGCAUUUUUAUUCUCGUACUAUGUGCCAUCAGCCUCUUUAUUAUGUAUAUAGUAAACCCUCUUGUCAAGAACGCCAGCACUGAAUCUCAAAUACAAACUCAUGCAGCGAUACACAACAAGUCGAUGAACAUAACGACUGCAGACGAUGACGUCUUUUGUGGACUUACGACACAAGAUUCAGGAUAUGUCAAGCUGCCCAAUAAGGUCGAUGACCACUAUUUUUAUUGGUACUUUGAAUCUCGCAGCCAACCAAGCACUGACCCACUCGUGCUGUGGCUUACGGGAGGACCUGGAUGUUCUAGUAUGAUGGCACUGCUGACAGAGAAUGGACCGUGUCACGUGCUACCGGAUCUGUCUACACAACUCAACCCGUACUCGUGGACAAACGAGAGCAAUGUAGUAUGGCUAGACCAACCGACGACGGUGGGAUUCACGUACGGUGACGAACGCGAUGCUGACAACAGCGAGGACAACGUGGGUGAGAACAUCUACUACUUCUUACAGGGUUUCUUCGAGAAGCACCCCGAGUUGGCCGGUCGCGACUUUUAUAUUACUGGUGAGAGUUACGGUGGGCACUAUGUACCUGCAGCGGCGCACUACGUGUGGCAGAAGAAUAAGGUUAACAUUGGCACGCCGAAGCACAUCAACCUGAAGGGCAUUGCUAUUGGCAACGGACUGACGCAAGCUUCUAUCCAGCUGCCACACUCCAUCGACAUGGCGAUUCACAAUGCUUACAAUAUCUCAUUGGUGGAUGUGACCGAGCUGGAUGAGAUGAAAGCGGCUGUGCCGGUUUGCAAGUCUCUCUUGCAGCAGUGCCCACAGAAUAGGACGGCGUGCUUCGAUGGAAGCGAGUUCUGCAUGGAGAAAUUGUUUGCACCGCUAUUGUCGGCCAAUCGCAACCCAUACGAUAUUCGCAUGCCUUGCACUCGAAUGGAUGAUCCAACCAAGUGCUACGACAUGUCGUACGUCUCCGAGUAUUUGGACGCUCCUAAUGUGCGCAAAUCACUCGGUGUUGACUCGAAGCGCGUGGGUGCCUGGCAAGAAUGCAACAUGAAAGUAAACAUGGCCUUUGGCAUGACGGGUGACAUGGUCAAGCCGUUCAACACAUACGUGGCUGACUUGCUCAAUGAUGACCUGCGCGUGCUCAUUUAUGCUGGUGAUGCCGAUUUGAUGUGUAACUGGUACGGUAAUCAAGCGUGGACAUUAGCUCUCGACUGGAAGGGCAAGGGUGGAUUCAAUGCAGCACCUGAGACUGCAUACAUUACGGCAGACGGAACGAAUGCAGGUGUUGUGCAAUCGUUCAACAACCAGUUCACGUUCCUGCGUGUGUUCAACUCUGGUCACAUGGUGCCGCAGGACCAACCCGCAGUAGCACUCGACAUGCUAAACAAGCUCCUAAAGAACGAAGCCUUUUGA